AUGGCUGCUGGCUACCUCGCGAACCUCGCAGGCAAUACUAUCGAAGUUCGCUCCGCCGGAUCAGCCCCAGCCGAAUCCAUUAACCCCAAGGUCUUCAAAGCCAUGCUAGAAGAAGGCAUUGACCUCACUGAUCAGAGACCCAAAAUUCUCACCAAUGAUGUUGUGCAAGCCAGUGAUGUGGUCAUUACUAUGGGCUGUGGCGACGUCUGCCCUGUAUUUCCAGGCAAGCGGUUUCUCGAUUGGCAAUUCGAAGAUCCUGCGGGCCAAGGGCUUGACGCUAGACGCCCCAUUCGCGACGAAAUUCGUCGCCGCGUUGAGACUCUCAUCAAAGAACCCCAGCAGCCGCGCAUAAACCGCUGGGCGACUCCUACUUCCAUGCCAAGUUUGACAAAUAAAUGUGUGUCUUGA